GGGGGUUGCGACGGGAGAGAUGCCGCGGUCUCGGGUGACUCGGGGAUGAUCGUGCGGGAUCGGAGCACGGGACGUCGGUCGGGGUCAUAAAUGGGGAGGCGCGGCGUUCCGGAGCGGUAUUUCGUCGCGUGACGCCGUUGCAUUCGCAUCGAUCCGCAACGACGGCGCGAACGUAGGCGAACCGUAAGGGCGCGGAUAAGAGAGACGCACACGAGCCGAAAAUCAAUCCCGGCGCGUGUCAGGUUCUCGCGCCCGCGGCGUCGAAGAACGAUCGGCGAAGAGGGUUGUUUCCUUACGAAGCGAGGGUGACGACGACGUGCGGGAACGAAGAUCGGCCGCGAUGCUGAAGAAAUUCCUCGGCAAGUCCGGCCGCAGAAUUCUGCGGGCAAUCAAGAAGCUGUCCACUAGAAGCCGCAAGGCCAAAAGGUCGCAUAAUCCCAGCUCCUGGCACACGGCUAUUCCGGACCUCGAAACGACCUCGCUCUCGUGGUCCCUACCGUCCCUGGACGCCAAAAGUAUCGACACGUACAUGACGUAUGUGGCCGAGAACCAGGAGGACUGCACGUCGAACUGUUGCUGCUGCGACGAGUACGAGGAGAACCAGAGGAAUGAGAACAGGGAGAACGAGAUGAUAAUCUAACGUCCGUGCCGCUAAGCGACACGGACCGGCGCCCUGCUUCUCCCCCCCCGGCUCGCGAUCGCGAAUUCGCCGGCGAUCAUCCCCGAGAGGGUGGAAAUGAAUCGCACUCGCGCCACUCGAUACGAAUAUUUAACCCUUAACUGGUGAGUACGAGUACUCGUCUGGCAUUUUUUUUCUUCCUUUUUUUUCAAAGAAUCUCGCGAUGGUUAGUGCAAUAGCUGUACCAAAGAGAAUAUUUAUCGGAAACUUGUAACUGGUUAAGGGUUAAUCACGAUCCCUCCGUAAUCCGUGCCACACACAACACACACACACACACACACACACAUCACAUACAA